AUUUUACAAAUCCCGCUAUGUUAUGUUUAUCCGUAAUCGGAUUUGAAACUGGUACGAUACCGACUAUAUAAGACGUGAUAAUGCUUCUGUUGGUGUAACAUCAUGUUGAAAACUCUGCUGCUGCUCGUCGUAUUAGUGUCCGGUUCCUGGGGCGCGGACUACGAACUAUUGCUCGAGGAUCCCGAUAUAUUCGCACCCUGCACCGAAGGACCCCCCGGAUCGGUUGGAUUCCACGAUGCAUUCAACAUUAAAGAUCUGGUUCUUAAUCAGGACGCCGACAUCAUUCACAUCUCAGAGAAUUUGACCACAAUAUGGGAUGUGCAGCCCACCGAUCGCAUUUCCGCCAGGUUUGCAUUGUGGCACUACAACCGCGGCAACUGGGAACCCACUCUCUUUAGCAUUGCGACGCCCGACUUUUGCUCCGCGAUUUUCGACGAGAAUCAGUCAUGGUUCAAACAGUGGACCAGAUACAUUUCGAACCGGGAUGAGGUGCAGGAGAAGUGCCUGACAACGCGUGGUACUGUUUGGAUGCAUAAUCCAUUCGAUCUGAAGCUGCGCCUAAACAACAUACGUGGCGCUACUCUUCAGGGACGCUACAAAGCUGUGGUCACCUUUGAAGCUGUCGACGAAAGGGACGUGCCCCGAAAGAACACCGUAUGCUUCGAAAUCAGAGGAGAGGCUGAGAAGAUAAAGAAUUAAGAUUUUCAAGCUCUGCACCGAAUGCAGUUAAUUGUCCCACAAAGAAGUCUAAUGCUCGACUUCAUCAUAUUGUCAAAACAUUUUAUUGUUCAUAGAUUGUAUUAAAUAAACCUUUCUUUGCUUUUCUCUAA